AUGUUCUUUGGGUGUACAUCGGCAGCGGAUUUUCUGAAACUGUGGAGCAACAAUACCCAAAACCAAGGGACAAGGGGCCACUCAAAAAGGCUGUGGAGCAACAACGCCCAAACACAAGGGACAAGGGUCCACUCAAAAACUGGAGCAACAACGCCCAAACACAAGGGACAAGGGGCCACUCAAAAACUGGAGCAACAACGCCCAAACACAAGGGACAAGGGGCCACUCAAAAACUGGAGCAAUAACGCCCAAACACAAGAGACAAGGGGCCACUCAAAAACUGGAGCAACAACGCCCAAACACAAGGGACAAGGGGCCACUCAAAAACUGGAGCAACAACGCCCAAACACAAGAGACAAGGGGCCACUCAAAAACUGGAGCAACAACGCCCAAACACAAGGGACAAGGGGCCACUCAAAACCUGGAGCAACAACGCCCAAACACAAGAGACAAGGGGCCACUCAAAAACUGGAGCAACAACGCUCAACAACAAGGGACAAGGGUCCACUCAAAAACUGGAGCAACAACGCCCAAACACAAGGGACAAGGGGCCACUCAAAAACUGGAGCAACAACGCCCAAACACAAGGGACACGGGGCCACUCAAAAACUGGAGCAACAACGCCCAAACACAAGGGACAAGGGGCCACUCAAAAACUGGAGCAACAACGCCCAAACACAAGGACAAGGAGCCACUCAAAAACUGGAGCAACAACGCCCAAACACAAGGGACAAGGGGCCACUCAAAAACUGGAGUAACAACGCCCAAACACAAGGGACAAGGGUCCACUCAAAAACUGGCGCAACAACGCUCAACAACAAGGGACAAGGGGCCACUCAAAAACUGGAGCAACAACGCCCAAACACAAGGGACAAGGGGCCACUCAAAAACUGGCGCAACAACGCUCAACAACAAGGGACAAGGGGCCACUCAAAAACUGGAGCAACAACGCUCAACAACAAGGGACAAGGGUCCACUCAAAAACUGGAGCAACAACGCCCAAACACAAGGGACAAGGGUCCACUCAAAAACUGGAACAACAACGCUCAACAACAAGGGACAAGGGUCCACUCAAAAACUGGAGCAACAACGCUCAACAACAAGGGACAAGGGUCCUCUCAAUAA